CAGCUUGCCAGAAUCAGGGAGACAUCCAUGGGAAUUGACAGAAGCUCCCAGCUCGUGCUUAGCUUUAGUGCAUUACUGGGCUUGGUUUACAACUGAGACUACAGCUUUAGAACUAAAGAGUCUUCAAAUCAAAACUGUUGCUGAAUGGGAACACACCUCUGACAACUCCUGUCAUCACUAAGAGCACAUUGACAUCCUAAAUAGCAUUUCCUGAACUGGAUUAUGACGUCCUUUGUCGGACUAUGGUCAUAAGAGGAUGGAGCAGUCAACGCACACGGCUACUGAGGACUAAAGAGAGACAUCAUCCCAUAAUACUAUCACCUGUCUUCUUCUUCACACCACGCUUCAGCUUCAGCCAACUCCAACCAGCUUCUCAAAAUCUCCACAACUGCCCUGUAUCGACAUCCCACUAGGAAUCCCUGCUGCAGUAACAGGGACCCAGAGGUCACAACACAAGGGUGACAAAUCAGGGGUCAGGGGGUCACUGGGCUGAGGGAUAGCGCACAGAUCUCUAUCUGACAUUUCAGGAUGUUGUUCAUUGAUCCCCACUGCAUCGUAUUAUAAUGCCCAAAUGGAUGCUGACAUGGAACCUUCAAAAUCUGUUCUCGGGACUGUACCUGCAUGCAAUCUUCUUGUUCGGCAGUGUGUGUGUGGUCUACAGUGACUGCACUCCAGAGCAACUUGCCGCCAUCAUGAACUGCUCCAGACACGAGCGACACACCAGGAACUACGACUACAUGGAGGGAGGAGAUGUGCGUAUCCGACAGCUGUUCAGCCGCACGCAAUGGUUCCUAACAAUUGAUGACAAUGGCAACAUCAACGGGACUCAAGAUCCCACCAACUGCCACAGUAUCCUGGAGAUCAGGACAGUGUCUGAGGGCGGCAUAUUGGCUAUCAAAGGUGUGAAGAGUCAGUAUUAUAUCUCUAUGAACAAGGCUGGACAGCUGCAAGGCAAGAGGAUCUACAAUGAAAACUGCAACUUCAAGGAGGUCUUCCUAGAAAACUACUUCAACGCUUACUCCUCUGCAAAGUGGACUAAAAAUGGCAAAGAAAUGUUCAUAGCCCUGUCUCAGAAGGGAAAGCCAAUGCGAGGGAAGAAGACCAGGAGGGAGCAUAUAGCAUCUCACUUCAUCCCUAUGAAGUGCAGGGAGGACGAGAGGAGGGUGGACUGAAAAAGCAGAGGACUAACGAGUCACCAAUCCUGUAUGAUUUCUAUCACAUAUUAUAUAUGUUAACAGACACAUAUAAACUCAUUACCGACGUCACGCUCCACUCUCCUCCAUUUGUAGAUUUGUUAUGUUAUGUUCCAUAGUAUGUUGUAAUUUACAUAAGAUAAAGCAACAGACAUCAGAGGGGCACAUUGAACUAUCACAAACAAAACUCAAAUGUUGAGACAAGAAAAUGCUGAAAUAUUUGAAAUAACUUCAACUGGUACACAAACUGUAAAACCACUAAAGUCUACUCAAUGUUAUUGUUAUUUUGAGUUAAAUAUUAUAUUUCCUUAUAAAACAGUUCAGUGUUUUCUUACAAAACAGUAAAAUGUAUUACGAACAGUCGGGACUGUAUUCUUUUCCAAAGAUGAUGUGCGCCCGGCCAGAUGAGGAGACCUGCAUGAUCAACACAGAGGUCCAGAAUAGAGAUUUGGCUUGACCAAGAAGCGCUGAAGCAAGCUGGACUUGUCUUUUUUUUAAUGGUACAAGUGCUCGGAGCACACAAAACAGAGACACAAUGAAUUACAAUAGCGUGUUCAGCAAAAUAAGAGUAUGUAGGACGAUCUGUUUGUGAAUGAUCUGCUUUGAUCUGUCCUCCCCCAUCAAAAACUCUGGUCAAAUGCUCUGUAACUGCUCACUGAUUCCCUCUUCACUAUCGAGGUGUGAUUUUGAAAUGCUAAAGUAUUCUGCUGCUGCUGAAAAGAUAUCCAGAUUAAAUACAAAGUGAACGACAUAAAGAAUGCGUAUGUUAUGGAAUCUCUAUAGGCCUGAACAGUCUGUACACAAAAAGAUAGCAUAUUUAUUUAUAAGGAAAUUUAUUUGUAGUUUGUGUUAGGACAUCCACAUUUUUACUACGUAUGAAUAAACCAAAAAAGUAACAGGGGGUCCAUUUAUUUUCACCACAACUUAUCAAACACACAUUUCAGUCUCAAAGGAUGACUCUCUUUGCAUGAUAUCACUACAAUAUCCGAAUACUGGCGAUAGAUGUAUGCUAAAGUGUCACUUCUUACAAUGUGCAUUGUUCUACAGUGCAACUGUUGACGUACAGUGUUAAAAGUGGCGUUAGUGUGCUUUUUGACCAGUAGAGGGUAUAAAAAAAAACAAACAAACUCACACAAACUAGCUUACACACAUCUUUGCUGUCAUUUUUCCAGUAUUCACUUCUUCUUGCUGCUUUGGUUUGUUUUUGAGAAAAAUAUCUGGUUCUUGUUGACUUGCUAGAUGUUCUGCCUUUCAUCAAAUGCCACUCUGCACGUCAGCGAGCCAUUAUUUCACACCAGAGACCCGGUAAUGCACAACCCAUGUCUGUGAGCAGUGUUGAUCCGUAGUGGAUUUGGCAACACUAGCAAGCCUUUAACAUUAUAGGUGGUGUUUUGAUUCAAUGUUAAUGUGAAAAUGUUGCUUCAUGUAACUUAUUCUGCUGCAUAUGAAACUAUGAAGCCAAGCAGCUCUGGAGUCGGAUGAACAGAGAAUUGUAUUCUGCUGACACACUUUAGCACACCCUCAAUAAAUCCG